UUGUUCAGUUCUUUGGAAGCUUUUGCAAAUUUCAGUGGUGUUUUUUUUUCUUCUUUUAGUCAUUUUGUGGGAAAAUAAAAGAGAGAGAAAAAAAAGUUUUCUGUGAAGAUUGUACUAUGGAAACGCUCAAUAAGUUAUAUAUGUACAUUGGAGUGGAUAAUUACUUAUCCAGGAUGUCGGCGGGUCCGUACAAUUACAAUUAUAUCUUCAAGUACAUCAUAAUUGGUGAUAUGGGUGUUGGCAAAAGUUGCAUCCUUCAUCAAUUUACAGAGAAAAAAUUUAUGGCCAAUUGUCCUCACACAAUAGGUGUUGAGUUUGGUACGAGAAUAAUUGAGGUGGCUGGUCAGAAGAUUAAGCUACAAAUUUGGGAUACUGCUGGGCAGGAGAGAUUUCGUGCUGUCACCAGAUCCUACUAUCGUGGAGCAGCUGGUGCUCUAAUGGUCUAUGAUAUCACCAGGAGAUCGACCUACAAUCAUCUCAGCAGUUGGCUGACUGACACGAGAAAUCUAACAAAUCCCAGUACUGUGAUCUUUCUCAUUGGCAACAAAUCCGAUCUCGAAAGUACAAGGGAAGUUACCUAUGAAGAGGCCAAGCAGUUUGCCGAUGAGAAUGGAUUAAUGUUCGUGGAAGCUAGUGCAAUGACGGGACAAAAUGUUGAAGAGGCUUUUCUGGAGACAGCCAAGAAGAUCUACCAGAACAUCCAGGAUGGUCGGUUGGAUUUGAAUGCGUCCGAAUCGGGUGUUCAGCACAAACCCUCCCAGCCCAGCCGGACCACCCUCAAUAACGAUACUCAAGCCCAGAAGGACAAUUGCGCCUGCUAAUUCAGCUGUACGUACCAUUUUCUUACCAUAUUCCUAUUUUAUGUCCAUCUCCCUUUACAAUACGUCUAUUAUCAUCUCUUAUUAACAGUUUCACAAAAAAAGAGAGAAACACCAAAAAUCUGCGCGUUUAUUGUAUCUAUAGAGCUACAAUAUUUACCCCUCACUCUUCUCAAUGGUUUUCUUCUUCAUUUUCUUUACUUUCUCUUUUGCAUGCCCAAAUAGUUCGAGAGAGAGAGAGAGGGAAAUGGAAAAGAGGAAAAUCCUUGUGAGAUACUCUUUAUAGAGAAAUUUUUGUAAAUAAAAUGAAAGAAAAAAAAAAUAAUCGAUAAAUAUAAUUUUAUCUAUUAAUAGAAGAAAUUUAAAAAAAAAAAAACUAGAAGUGCAAAAAUAGUUCAUGAUCACCCUCUUUUUGGGAGUCUCUUGUUAUUGAAAGUAAAAGCAAAAAAAAAUACAACAAUAAAAA